ACCGGCCAUGCAUCAAAUAGGGAAGCUUAAUGCCUUUGCAAACAGAGAGCGCGCAGCGUCCGCUUCUCCGAGGCAGCCUUGGGAACGAGCCGCUCCGAUCGCGCUAGGAAUGUGUCCGGCCGCCCGGGGCUUCCGCGCUUGCCCUGUCCGAAGCGCUCGCUUCCUCCUCCGCCUUUAAAGUUGGACUUUUCUCGCCGCCUUCCAGCCCCGCGAUCGCAAGGAAGGAAGGAAGGAAGGAAGGAAGGAAGGAAGGAAGGGGGCAGAGGCGGCGCAAGCCGGAGGAUCGGCGCGAGAAAGUUACAAAGGCAACUUUGCGGAGAAAAGGACGGCGGAGAGGAGGGGAAUCACCGCCGCCGCAUCCCGCGCCCCGAUUCCUUCUGGCGGCCGAGACGAUCGCUUGCUUGGGAGGAUCCCGCGGGGGAAUCCGGAAGGAAAGCGGGGCAGCAGGCGGAGGGGAGGAGCGCCCGGCUUCCUCGGCCGAUUCCAGGGCAGCUCGGCCAUGGCAGGCGGGGAAGGGCGCCUCCUCGCCUUCCCCAAGUAGCUGGAGCCUUUGGCGCGGACAGGUGCCGCCGGCCUGGAGAGCAAGAGGAGCAGCUUGGCCUUGCUGGGACCGGGACGACUCCUUUGAAAAGCUGGAUUGACUUGGCCGAGGAUUGAAGCCCUCGACGUCGCCCGGUCCCUCGGCUUGAUCGAAGCCGGGCUUCCUCGCUGCUCGCGGAGGCGGCCACUCUCGUCUGGGCGGGCUGUCGAACGCUCUUCCCUUCCCUUCCCUUCCCUUCCCUUCCCCAGCCGGGAGCAAAGCAAGGAGCCGGGCGGACUUGAGUUUUUUGGGGAGUUUUUUUUUGUGUGUGUGUGUUUUUUUUUAAAGGGACUUUUCUGCUACCUUGGCGGGGCGGAGAGCCUCGACGGCAGAGAAGAGAAAGGGUCAAGACGACGGUGCGAGGAUCGACCCCAACCCCCCCACGAGGAGGAGGAGGAGGAGGAGGAGGGUGGGGGAGGCCACGUCGGAUCCGGCCCCGCAGCCACCAUUGAUUUCCUGCGGGUGGCUCGCAGCGACGGGCUGGGCGCUGCUGCCGCCGCCGCCGCCGCUGCCGCUGCCGCCGCGGGCAUGGCCAAGCCUGCGGACCACGUGAAGCGGCCCAUGAACGCUUUCAUGGUGUGGUCGCGGGCGCAGCGGCGCAAGAUGGCCCAGGAGAACCCCAAGAUGCACAACUCGGAGAUCUCCAAGCGGCUGGGCGCCGAGUGGAAGCUGCUGAGCGAAGCCGAGAAGCGGCCUUUCAUCGACGAGGCCAAACGCCUGCGGGCCAUGCACAUGAAGGAGCACCCGGACUACAAGUACCGGCCGCGGCGGAAGCCCAAGACGCUCCUCAAGAAGGACAAGUUCGCCUUCCCGGUGGUGUCCUACGGCUUGCCCGACGUCGCCGACCCUCACGUCCAUCCCCUCGGGCCGCAUCACCCGGGCCUCAAAGCCGGCGCCCUCCACGGCCACGAAGCCCUCCUGGCCAACCCGGAGAAAGCCGCCGCCGCCGCCGCUGCAGCCGCCCGCGUCUUCUUCCCUCCCUCCGCCGCUGCCGCGGCUGCGGCGGCUGCGGCCGCGGCGGCGGGCAGCCCUUACUCGCUGCUCGACCUGGGCUCAAAAAUGGCAGCGGAGAUGUCGUCGUCGUCGGCGGGCUCCGGUGGCGGCGGCGGUUCGACGGCCGGACUGCCCUACGCGGCUUCCUCGCUGGCUUACCCGACGGCUGGAGGUGCUUUCCACGCCGCCGCGGCUGCAGCCGCCGCCGCCGCGGCCAGCGGGGGCCACAGUCACUCGCACCCGUCUCCCGGCAACCCCGGCUACAUGAUCCCCUGCAAUUGCAGCGCCUGGCCCAGCCCGGGACUCCAGCCGCCCCUGGCCUACAUCCUGCUGCCCGGCAUGGGGAAACCUCAACUGGACCCUUACCCGGCGGCGGCCUACGCCGCGGCCCUAUGACAAUCAGCGCCCUGAUGAGGAGCCCGGUGCCGAGAAGGACUGCAGCCGCAAGUAGAGCGCCGGCCGUCAGCCCCGCCUGGCUCCCCGCGAGAAGCCCGCAGCCUGGCCCCUUGGCUCGCCCUCUCUGCAGCUCCUGAGACGGGAACCUACGUCGGUGACCUCCCGGCUUGCUCCCCGGCAUGGCUGGAGGGGCCGAGAAGUCGCUGCUUCCUCGAAGUUUCCUUCCCGGGAAGAUCCCCCCUCCCCCCCUUGCCAACUUCUUGCAAGACCCGGUUCCGACGACCUUGGGAGUUGCUUUGCUUUCCGUUCCAUCAUCUCUACCCACCCCCCCCCCCCGCCCGCUUUCCUCUCCUCUCUCCUUCGCCCCCAAACCCACGUCCUAUCCUGACCCGCAGUUCCGAGUAUAUGCUAGCCAAGUCCCCACCCCGGCCCCGACGUAUUCGCGAGGGUUUCUUUUCUAUCUGUCUGGAUGCUACUGAGCAAAAAUAAGAGUUUGCAACCCCCCCCCGCCCGUACCAAAAGCAGAGCCCUUGUACAAGACAGAGAAGUAGUAAGGAGGCGCUUAACCCUCCCCAGAAAGAGAAACCGGCUGCUCGCUCUUCCUCCUGCCAUCCACGCAUCUCACCUGAAGUUUGUAAAAUGUAUACCUGUCCGUGAGAACUUUAGGUCUAAGGCUAUAUGAUUUGAAAACUGUGGGUUUUGGGGUUUUGGCUGCGAUCCUACGCCCACGUUGGCUCGAUGCUAGGUCUGGCUGCCUUCAAAGGGACUUGCUUCCAAGCAGACGAAGGAAGAGAGGAGGGGGGAAUAAAAUCCGUAAGGCUCACCCUCACGUCUCAAGUCAGAUUCAGACGGCUGCGAGUCAGUCAAAACUGCGAGUCACUUUUCCUGGUUGCCAUUUGAGUUCGAGGCUUUUCUUUCUUUUUUUAAAAAAAAUCGGACUUCCUAUUUGAGGGAAAUAAUAUAUUUAUUAUGGUGUCAAUGUAUCUCAGUCCUGCGUGUUCAAGAGAAGACACUUACCCCUUUUUUUCCCCCUCCCUAACUCCAUCACCUUAAAAAAGAAUAAGUCGGGUGUUCUUAUGUGAUUGGCAGUCACUCCGCUUGGGUGGGUGGGAGAAAUCUUUAUUUUUUUAAUAAAAGCAUAAAUAUUCAGUUGCAAAUAAUGAUUUUUGCAGGAGGAAUCAAGCUCAUUUUAAACAAUUCCCUCCAUCGCAACAAUUUUCUUUUACUUUUGUAAUGUGUAUAUUUGGAUUAAUGUUUGUGAAUCAACUUGCUUAAACAGUACUUAGGGAUUCUUUCUUUCGUUCUUUCUUUCUUUCACCUUCUGUAAUAUAAAGUUUUUUGGAAAAAAAGUUUUUUUUUAAGUAUUGGUUUUAACAUUUGACGUGUAUAAAUGAGUUUGCUGGUGUGCUCUAAUUUAAAAUUAGACGUCUAAGCUAUAUCUGUACAAUUAGACUCCGACUUACCACUCUGUUCAUUUUGGAACAAAGAGUUUAAAUAAAAGCCUGAAGCAGGGAAAAGAGAAAA